ACGUUCCAUACAUCAGAAAAUUAUAUAUGUAUCAUUUUUUAUAGUUUGUACUUUUACCUAUACGUUCUUAUAACCAUUCAAUUUGAAGAGUUUUGUCAGAGUAUUUCUAUAAACAUCUUGGCUUCAAGGAUGAAUUUAGUUGCAGCAGUAACUGUCGUAUUUAGAAUCAGAAUAAAUAUUCAAAGAUAUAGGUAACCUGAUAUUAUAACUGUCGAGACCGGUAGCGGGAACUGGUGAAAUAUUUCUAUUUUCUAUGAAUACUUCAAAUACCUGAUUAAUUUUUCGAUUUGGCAACGUAGCUGCCAAUUUCAUGUGACAGAUUCGAGGGUCUAUUCUCCAUGUGUACCAAGAAUAAUAUAUGAGUAUUCACAACAGAAGAGUUAAGACUGAAUUAGAAGAAAUGGGACAAGAUGAUGAUAGGAUAUCAUUUGACUAUGAUGUCCAGCAUACAAUUGACGGGCAGUAUACUGAAGAUAUAAAGACCGAAGACGUUAAGACGGAAGAUAUAGAUAUUGUUGACCAGUACAUUGAUGAGAAUGGAAUAAGAUCGUCGAUUGGAUAUGAAACUGAAAUGAAGAGAGAUUGUAGUUUCAAUGAGAAAAUUACUUGUGAAAUUAAGCCAUUGGGUAGUAAACAUGACUCAUCUAAUAAAUAUAAAACUAGGAAUCAUAUGGAUGCUGCUCCUUCGAAUAAACAUGAACAAGAAUGUCUAGUAUGUGAGUAUACAACAAAUGACAAGACAAAUCUAAAACGGCAUUUUGAUGCUGUUCAUUUGAAUAAGCGAGAACAUAAUUGUAAGUUUUGUGAGUAUUCUGCUAAACAUAAGCAGGGACUUGAAAACCAUAUAAAGGCUGUUCAUUUGGAUAAACGAGAACAUAAAUGUCACCUGCGCAACUAUGCUUCAGCUUAUAAACAGAAUAUCGAAAAGCAUAUAGUUGCAGUUCAUUCGAAUAAACGAGAACAUAAAUGUGUGUUUUGUGAGUAUGCUGCUAAAAAAAAGAAAAGUUCUUGAAAACCAUAUAAAGGCUGUUCAUUUGGAUAAACGAGAACAUAAAUGUCACCUCUGCAACUAUGCUUCAGCUUAUAAACAUAGCAUCAAAAAGCAUAUAGUUGCAGUUCAUUCGAAUGAACGAGAACAUAAAUGUGUGUUUUGUGAGUAUGCUGCUAACGAAAAGAAACAUCUUGAAAACCAUAUAAAGGCUGUUCAUUUGGAUAAACGAGAACAUAAAUGUCACCUGUGCAACUAUGCUUCAGCUUAUAAACAGAACAUCAAAAAGCAUAUAGGUGCAGUUCAUUUGAAUGAACAAGAACAUAAAUGUGGGUUUUGUGAGUAUGUAGCUAAUCAGAAGGGAAACCUUGAAAAUCAUAUAAAGGCUGUUCAUUUGGAUAAACGAGAACAUAAAUGUCACCUCUGCAACU